ACGUCUGGUCUGGUCAGAGGUCUGGUCUUUCUCUCUCUGGCGCUCAGUGUCUCAUUCUCACUCUCUCAGACGCUCACUUCACCGGCUCUCCGUCACUUUUGAGCCGAUACUCUCCGUCAGAAAAACCGCCACUGCUACUAUUCUCCGAGCCUUUAACCAAAAAUUCAAUUAGUUUUCAUAGCUCACUAGCCCUCAUUCCCGCGUAACAGCCAUUGAGCUCUGAGGUUGGCGCUGGUCACUGACUCACUUUCCUCAUCUACGGAAGUACUUUCCAUCGGUCUGAAGAAGAGGUCCUUGCUUUAUUCAUUCCAAGGGUUGGAAUAUGUCUGGUGGCCCUGGACUUGAGUCUCUAGUAGAUCAAACAAUAUCAGUUAUCACAAAUGAUGGGCGCAAUAUUGUGGGAGUUUUAAAAGGCUUUGACCAGGCUACAAAUAUCAUUCUCGACGAGUCUCAUGAACGUGUUUUCUCGACAAAGGAAGGUGUUCAGCAACUAGUGUUGGGUUUGUAUAUAAUAAGAGGCGACAACAUAAGUAUCGUCGGAGAAUUAGAUGAAGAAAUCGAUUCGUCUGUUGACUGGUCGGAAAAAAGAGCUCAUCCUCUAAAGCCUGUCAUUCAUUGAGUGGCUUGGAAGGCAAUAGAGCUGUUGUAGAUUGUCUGGUCGAUUACCAUCCAGCAAGAGUUUUCUUGGUUUAUAGUUUGUUCAUCUUGUUCAUUGCUAUCAAAAUGAGCUUUCUCUGAGAUUGUUCUGAUCCCAAUCAGAAAAAAAGGACAAUAUCUUCAAACCCAAAUUUUACCAAAUAUUUAAAGACUGUUUUGUGCUACUUUAAUAUUCUAUUUCAUUGGCAUUGGUGGUGGUUAUUUUCUCAGAACAAUCAAAAUUGUAAAUGUAUAAAGUACACUAUUAAUUAGACAAAGAAGUGCUGUUGGAUAA